AUGAGUGAUCCAGAACCCUGCAGAAUGAAACACACUGAAGAUACUGAAGAACAAAGAGAGCUGAUGGAAGUGAAGGAGGAGAGUGAAGAACUGAGUGAAGUGGAGGAGGAACAUCAUGACAAACCUGGAGAAAAUCCUUUGAGUCGCUCAAAGAAUAAAAAGACAUUUUUAAAGAAUAGAAGAGCCAAUAAAUCUACAACCUGCACUCAGUGUGGAAAGAGUUUCAAAUUCAAUCAUCAUCUUAAAGGUCACAUGAGAGUUCAUACUGGAGAGAAGCCAUACACAUGUGAUCAGUGUGAGAAGAGUUUCAGUCAUUCAUCAACCCUUAAAAAACACAUGAGGAUCCACACCGGAGAGAGACAGUUCACUUGUGAUCAGUGUGGCAAAACAUUUCUUCUGGAAUCAUCCCUGAAGAGACACCUGACAGUUCAUACGAAGGAGAAGCCACAUUCAUGUUCUGUGUGUGGAAGGAGUUUUUCACUGCUGCAGUAUUUACAUGCGCAUCAGAAAACACACACUUGUGUGAGAGAGUACAUGUGCUUUGAGUGUGAGAAGAGUUUUACUACAGCAAACUGUUUAAAACAGCACCAGAGAAUUCACACUGGAGAAAAACCUUACAAGUGUUCACACUGUGACAUGAGAUUCAGUCAGUCAGGAACACUGAAAACACAUGAGAGGAUCCACACUGGAGAAAAACCUUACAAGUGUUCACACUGUGACAAAAGAUUUAGUCAGUCAUCAUAUCUGAAAACACAUGAGAAGAUCCACACUGGAGAGAAGCCGCACACGUGUGAUCAGUGUGGAAAGAGUUUCUCUAUUAAAAGUCGGCUGAAGAUACACAUGAAGAUCCAUGCAGAGGAGAAACCACAUCACCACAGUCUGAGAUCAUGAUAAGUAGAUCAUCUUUAUGUGCUGAGAAGAGACUCAGAAGAGACUUAGCAAAAUCUAUCUUCUCCACCUAUAGUUGGCGCUGUUGCUCUGUGUCUGCUGUUGAAUUAUCCAGGUUGUGGAUGAGGAGCGACCCCUGAUGUGAUUGUGUACAUACAGUAGUUAAGUGUUAUAUAAAUGCUUCAUUCCUUCUUUUAUUCAUAGUUUGCUGUUUCUCAAUAUGUGUUCUUUUCUGUUCUUGUGAAAUUCAUCAGCUGCUGCCCAAGUUCUGAUCCAAUUCAAAGUUCAUAUCUAGCCAAAGAAAAUUUCAAAUCCCCAGAUGUGUUCUUGAUCCGCCCCUUUUAUUGAGCCUUACAGUCUAAAAAUUCUUUCUUUGUAUUGGUCUUAAGUAAUAUUCUAAUUUUCUGAGAUACUGAAUUUGGGAUUUUCCUUAGUUGUCAGUUAUAAUCAUCAAAAUUAAAAGAAAUAAACAUUUGAAA